AUGACAGUAUCAUCAUCCAUCCCGGGCUCCAUGCCCUGGCGCACCUGCGGACAAUGUCUCCGUCGCUUAUACCCCAGAGCUAAUGCGCCGGUACGACAACCCAUCCGAUUCCUCUCCACGACGGGCCGUCUCCGGACACCAACCGCGAAGAACCCGCUUCGAGCACCGGAGAACACGCCCUUUCAGAAGCAAGAUGUCUCGCGGUAUCAGCGGUCGAUGAUGCGAUCGGCGGCGGGGAUCGCGGUCUGCGCUGUGGCGAUGUACGGCGUGAUUCAGCUGGAUCUAUUUGGAUUGUCGCAGGUGGAAGAACCGAAGGAGAACAAGCAGACUGGUAUUGAAAAGGGAAAUGAUGACGGUAAAUUGAAGACGGAGGGACCGGAUGGGUUUACAAGCAGCCCGUCUGUGAUUCGGAUCCAGGGACAAGAUGGUGCAGAGCAGGUAGCUACGGGCACGAGUUCCGUUCCGUUUUUCCCUAGUACGAUCACGCUGCCGAAAUCGAUUGAUACGAGCAUCCUGAAAGCAGGGGAUGAGGUCCCCUCUAACGAAGAGGAGGAGUACCAGCUGCUAGGACUGGGGGUCCGCACGGUAUCGUUCCUACGGAUCCAGGUGUACGUGGUAGGCAUGUAUGUGGCCAAGUCGGAUAUCACAGAACUACAGCAGCGACUGGUCCGCACGGCGGUGAACCCGCCGGGAGACAGUGCGGUGAUUGAUGCGCUAGGGGCCACCUCGGCGACAUCGCUUGUUGAGACGGAGCGACAGCAGCUGAGACGGUUACUCCUAGAUCCGGAGAAGGGCGACGCGGUGUGGGAUUUGAUUCUGAAGCAGGACGGUCUCCGGACGGCCUUCCGGAUUGUUCCUACACGGAACACGGACUUCUUGCAUCUUCGUGAUGGCUGGGUCCGUGGGAUCACCGGACGUGCGCAACAGGCUGAUGCUAAGGCGCGAGAGUCGGGAGUCCCCAGCGAGUUUGAGAAUGAGUCAUUUGGGUCAGCGAUGAAUGAUUUCAAGGGUCUGUUUGGCGGUGGACAGCGCAAGAACGUGCCCAAGGGACAGACGCUGCUUCUUGUGCGCAGUGCCCAGGGCCAGCUGGACGCAUUGUUCCACCCGGAUGAGUCCAAACCGGCUCGAUUCCUGGGUCGCGUACAGGAUGAGCGCAUCAGCCGACUAGUUUGGUUGAAUUAUCUAGCGGGAAAGAAUGUCUCGAGUGAGGGAGCGCGACAGAGCGUGGUGGACGGAGUUAUGGGGAUUGUGGAACGACCGGUGGGAACUGUACUUCAGAAGGUGAUCUAA